CUCUCUCUGAGUGAGGGGCCUCCAUAGAGGGAAUGUGUGUGGAGGGGCUUUACGGUGGUGAUGGCUGGCUGACAUUCCUGGUCCAGAGGGGUGAAAGAUAGGCCUUUCCCUACUCCUACCGGAAGUAAUUUCAAAAUGUUACAGGGACUUUGAGCUUACUCUACUUUUGAAAUAGCUCCCCCUCUCCUCCCAGGGUGAUAUUUAGGGCCCCUCAGGGAGAAGGAGAGGAGCCAGGAGCCCACUGAGGAGACAGCUCUUUUCUCCUUAUACCUUUAUGGAAGUUGCCCAAGCAGAAGACCUGAUCACCCCCAGGGGUGGAAUCAGUGAUCCCACACUUCCAUGGUGGGCCAGGCCCCUGGUGCUCAGCCAGAUUUCUUCUCCCUGUUUCUGCUCUCCUGCCCAUCUAAGUCCCUGGCAGUUCACCCCUGCUCCCCUUCCUCUCUUGCAGGCCUGUCUGAAGAGCAUGUUGCCCCCUCACUCCCCGCCUUGCCUCGCCAUCCCUGCCCCCCCAGCCUGACCCCCCGGCUCCAGCAUGGCCCAGAGUGCCAUGCGCUUCUGCUCAGAAGGCGACUGUGCCAUCUCCCCGCCACGAUGCCCACGCCGCUGGCUCCCCGAAGGCCCAGUGCCCCAGAGCCCCCCUGCCAGCAUGUAUGGCAGUACAGGCUCCUUGCUACGGAGGGUGGCAGGUCCAGGCGCCAGAGGCCGGGAACUGGGACGUGUGACAGCACCCUGUACUCCCCUGCGUGGACCCCCCUCACCCCGUGUUGUUCCCUCGCCCUGGGCGCCCUCUUCACCCACUGGGCAGCCUCCACCAGGGGCCCGGAGCUCUGUGGUCAUAUUCCGCUUUGUGGAGAAGUCCAGUGUGAGGCCACUGAAUGGGCUACCUGCUCCGGGAGGCUUGAGUCGGAGCUGGGACCUGGGUGGGGUCUCUCCUCCCAGGCCCACACCAGCCCUUGGGCCUGGCUCCAAUCGAAAGUUGCGACUGGAGGCAUCUACUUCAGAUCCACUCCCAGCCGGAGGAGGUUCAGCUCUGCCUGGCAGCCAGGGCCUUUUACAUGGGCCCCCAGCCCAACCUCAGUCCGGGGCAGAUGGCCUUUACUCUUCUCUCCCCAAUGGGCUGGGGGCACCCUCUGAGCACCUGGCCACACUAUUCCGAGGACCUGCUGAUACUGGACUCCGGAACCAGGGGGACACCUGGUCCUCCCCCCGGGAAGUCUCCUCUCAUGCCCAGAGAAUUGCUCGAGCCAAAUGGGAAUUCUUCUAUGGUACCUUGGACCCCCCCAGCUCAGGUGCUAAGACCCCAGAGCAGGCCUCCCCAUCUCCAACAGGUGUGGGCUCAGGGCAGGGCUCUGGGGUGGCUGUGGGGCGAGCAGCCAAGUACUCGGAGACAGACCUGGACACAGUGCCCCUGAGGUGCUACCGUGAGACCAACAUUGAUGAGGUGCUGGCUGAGCGGGAAGAGGCCGACUCUGCCAUCGAGAGCCAGCCCAGCUCUGAGGGCCCUCCUGGCACCGCCCGCCCACUCGCCCCACGUCCCAGCCCAUGCUUUGGCUCUCAUCCCAGCCUGGGCAGUGGUGACGAGGAUGACGAUGAGGCAGGUGGAGAAGAUGUGGACGACGAGGUGUUUGAGGCCUCAGAUGGGGCCCGGCCGGGCCCCCAGAUGCCUCACUCUGGGCCUCUUAAGUCUCCGGUGCCCUUCCUACCUGGGACCAGCCCUUCAGCUGAGGGGCCUGACUCUUUCAGUUGUCUGUUUGAAGCCAUCUUGGAGUCACAUCGGGCAAAAGGCACCUCCUACACCAGCCUGGCCUCCCUGGAGGCUCUGGCCUCACCUGGCCCAACCCAGAGCCCCUUUUUCACCUUUGACCUGCCUCCCCAGCCCCCUGCCCCCCGGCCUGACCCACCUGUUCCUGCCCCACUUGCCCCUCUUGAACCAGACUCUGGUACUAGUUCUGCUGCUGAUGGUCCCUGGACACAGAGAGGGGAAGAAGAGGAGGCAGAGGCUGGAGCCAAGCCGGGCCCAGGGAGGGAGCCCCCUAGUCCCUGCCACUCCGAGGACAGCUUUGGGCUGGGGGCAGCACCAUUGGGCAGUGAACCACCGCUGAGCCAGCUGGUGUCUGACUCAGAUUCAGAGCUGGACAGCACAGAGCGGUUGGCCCUGGGGAGCACAGACACCUUGCCCAGUGGGCAGAAGGCAGACCUGGAGGCCGCGCAGCGCCUGGCUAAGAGGCUGUACCGACUAGAUGGCUUCAGGAAGGCUGAUGUGGCUCGGCAUCUGGGCAAGAACAAUGACUUCAGCAAACUUGUGGCUGGCGAGUAUCUCAAGUUCUUUGUCUUCACUGGCAUGACUCUGGACCAAGCUCUCAGGGUGUUUUUGAAGGAGCUGGCCUUAAUGGGUGAGACACAAGAACGGGAGCGCGUGCUGGCCCACUUCUCCCAGAGAUACUUCCAGUGCAAUCCUGGAGCCCUGUCCUCAGAGGACGGCGCGCACACGCUGACCUGCGCCCUCAUGCUCCUCAACACAGAUCUCCACGGUCAUAACAUCGGGAAGCGCAUGACCUGCGGAGACUUCAUCGGGAACCUGGAGGGCCUCAAUGAAGGCGGCGACUUUCCCAGAGAGCUGCUCAAGGCCUUGUACAGCUCCAUCAAGAAUGAAAAGUUGCAGUGGGCCAUAGACGAGGAGGAGCUGAGACGCUCUCUGUCUGAGUUGGCCGACCCCAACCCCAAGGUCAUCAAGAGGGUCAGCGGGGGCAGUGGCAGCGGCUCCAGCCCUUUCCUGGACCUGACUCCCGAGCCCGGGGCUGCUGUCUACAAGCACGGGGCCCUGGUUCGAAAGGUGCACGCAGACCCUGACUGCAGGAAGACACCUCGGGGCAAGCGGGGCUGGAAGAAUUUCCACGGCAUCCUCAAGGGCAUGAUCCUCUACCUGCAGAAGGAGGAGUACCAGCCUGGGAAGGCCCUAUCAGAGGCAGAGCUUAAGAAUGCCAUCAGCAUCCACCACGCACUGGCCACGCGUGCCAGCGACUACAGCAAGAGGCCCCACGUCUUCUACCUGCGCACAGCUGACUGGCGGGUCUUCCUCUUCCAGGCCUCGAGCCUGGAGCAGAUGCAGUCCUGGAUCACUCGCAUCAAUGUGGUGGCCGCCAUGUUCUCUGCACCCCCCUUCCCAGCUGCAGUUAGUUCGCAGAAGAAGUUCAGCCGCCCUCUACUGCCUAGUGCUGCCACCCGCCUCUCCCAGGAGGAGCAGGUGCGGACCCAUGAAGCCAAGCUGAAGGCCAUGGCAAGUGAGCUACGGGAGCACCGGGCUGCCCAACUGGGCAGAAAGGCCCGGGGAAAGGAAGCUGAAGAGCAGCGUCAGAAAGAGGCCUACCUGGAAUUCGAGAAAUCCCGCUACGGCACGUACGCAGCUCUACUUCGGGUCAAGCUGAAGGCUGGCAGUGAAGAGCUGGACGUGGUAGAGGCAGCACUGGCACAGGCCGGGAGCACAGAGGAUGGACGCUACCCGCCCCACUGCAGUCCCUCCCUGCUGCCUGACACCUCCAGCCAGCCCCGAGCUCAGGGCCAUGGCUCAGAGCCUCGGGCAGGGGCAGGCAGUGGGCGGCGGAAGCCCUGAGCUGGGGUGGGGGUGUUGGGGGGUGGUGCCUGCCGGGCACCUGCAUGACAUGGCCCUGCCUGAGCCCGGGCCGGCCUCGGGUCACCCAUGAGGGCCCCUUGGCCCAGGGCGCGACCGCGCCGGACGCGGUGUCCGGGGCAGGGCUAGGGCAUGGGCCUCAGGAGCCCAGGCUAAGGGCCCCUCUGAGACCCCCAUUUUGUGAUAAUGUUUUGCACUUUUUCGUACAGGGGGCUGGGCUGGGGGUGGGGGUGGGGGACCAGGGCCUCUGGACUUUUGAUGCUUUUUUUUGUGCGGGAGGCUGACAACCGUUUCUGCUUUCUGCUGAGACCACCCCCACCCUGACACCAGCAAUCCCUCUCCACCCUGGGGCCUGGUUCAGACAGAUGCCAGGAGCUGGGGCUGAGCUGGUUUUCUCUCCUUCCUCCCUGAGGGCUCACCCUCUCUCUCUGCAGAGGUGGAAGAAGGGUGUCCAUGCCCAGUCCCCGUACACAGGCUGGGGCAGCAUGGCCUUGCUUUCCCUCCUCCAGUGGGCCCUGUCCUUUGUACAGCCUCCAUCCUAAUAAAACUGCUCUGGACUUGC